AUUAAAGAAUUGGAGCAAAAGCUGGCAAUGGAAAAAUUUGGCAUAGAAAGAUUUGGUAAAGAUAACAAAAGUAUACAGCACUAUACUGGAUUUCCCAGUCAUAAGUAUUUCUAUAUUUUUUACAAUUUUAUCAAGCCAUCUGCAUCUAAAAUGAGAAGUCCAUAUUAUGUCCAGGCCUCAAAUUAUCUAAGUAGAGCAGGUAGACCAAGGACUCUAAAACUUAUUGAUGAAUUGUUUAUGUUUUUAUGUAGGCUAAGGUGUGGUCUGACCRAGUAUGACCUUAGUGUAAGAUUUCAUGCUUCACUUCCCACUAUAAGUAGACUAAUUAUUGCCUGGGUCAACUUCUUAUAUUUUGUUUUGGGAAGCAUUCCCAUUUGGUUAUCUAAGCAAGAAAUUGAAAAAAGAAGGCCUGCAUGCUUUAAAGACGAGUAUGCCAAUACCAAAGUCAUUUUAGAUUGCACUGAGAUUAAAACUCAGUCACCUUCUUCCCUUGUAUUAAAGUCACAGCUUUAUUCSUCAUAUAAAUCAACCAACACCUUCAAAGCCCUUGUGGGAAUUGCCCCUCAUGGAGCAGUUACAUUUAUAUCUAGUUUAUACACUGGUUCAAUAUCUGAUGUUGCUAUUACUAAAUUAAGUGGUAUUUUAGAUUUGUUAGAGCCAGGAGAUGAUGUCAUGGCUGAUAAAGGUUUUACGAUCAAAGCUGCUCUAGCUGAAAAACGUGUUACUCUAAACAUCCCACCUUUUUUGAGUUCGAAAGGUCAGUUUAGUCCAACUGAAAUAGAGGAGACAGAAGAUAUUGCUAAGCUUAGAGUGCAUGUAGAAAGGGCCAUUAAGAGAAUUAGGGAGGAUUCAUUUUGGGCAAAAACUGUCCCACUUUCUAUGGCAGGAUCAGUAAAUCAAUUCUGGACUGUUUCAUKUAUUUUAAGUAACUUUAGGGGGCCCCUUAUUGCAUAGUUAUGUGAUUUACCUAUCCCAUGCCAUAUAUGGGAAACAGUGUUGGAGAAAAAUGCUGAAAUAAUGAAGUUAAAUGAUGAUAAAUUGCUUGUCCCAAACCAUGAAAUGGAUUUGACCUCUUUGCUAGUAAAUGGUACUAACAACACCAUGUCUGCUUAGAACUAGUUCAUAGGAUUAGAACAAGCAUAAUACUGCAUAAUUUCAAAAUAAAAUUUAUAUCAUUUGUUUAGAAUAAAACUACAUGUUUCACACAAAUGUAUUAUGAAGAGUUGUAUCCAUAUGCAAUAAUAAACUAAGUUUGAACUGUUCAAA